CUUCUGCCGAGGCCCAGUAAAAGGGAUCUGAAAAAAGGGUCCAGAAGCAGAGCUUCCUCUUCGCCCUCCCCUCCCGACGGCGUCGCCGAAACCCUCUCCGCCGAACACCCCCGCUGCUCCAGCCCUUCUUCCGCCGAAGCACGGGAACCUCGAAGGCAGGAUACGACAUGGCUUCGCAUGCCUACCCUUCCAAGAGACCAUUCCAGAAGAAGUAUUCAGAACACAAUGGUCGGGCCAAGUGGCAAAAGACAAAACAUGCUCCUUCGCAGCAGCCUCAGCUGACAAUACAGCCUGGAGUUCCUCUUAUCCGCAUUCUCUGCCCUACUGAGAAAUGUGGGAAUGUCAUUGGUAAAGGUGGUAGCAUCAUUGCAAAGAUAAGGCAAGAAAACGGAGUGAAAAUCCGGGUUGAUGAAGCAGUCCCUGGUUGCGAUGAGAGAGUUAUUGUCAUAACUACCGCUGAGAAGGACAAAGAAGCUAGCCACGAGCAAGGUAAAGAGAAUGAUGGUGGUACUGCUGUUUCUGCUGAUGGCGAGCAUGAGAAGGAGAAAGACCACAGUAAGGAAGAAAAAGAUGAUUCAGAUAAUGCCCACGGCAAGGAAGAACAAGAUGAUGCAGAGAGAGAUGACAGCAAGGAAGAAAAUGAUGAUUCCUCUGUUGCGAAAACUACAAAGUUGGAGCCAGAGAGGGUAAUACCAUCAGCAAUGAACGCCGUUUUGCAUGUCUUUGAUAGGAUUUUUAUAACUGAAAGUGAAAAUGGAACUGGAGAUGCAUCAGGCCAGAAAACUCCUGUUUCUUUCAGAUUGUUGGUGCUAGAUAGCCAAGUAGGUUCGCUUUUGGGAAUUCGAGGUAGUGUGAUUAAGCAAAUGUCCGCUGAUAGUGGCUGUGAAAUCCGAGUUUCAAAGGAGAAUCUCCCUUUAUGUGCUUUACUCAAAGAUGAACUUUGUCAGAUUAAUGGAGAGCUUGACUCAGUCAGGAAAGGUCUGAAUGCAGUGGCUCAAGUGCUCUUUACUCACCCCCCUAGGGAAAGUGAUGUAGUUCCUGUUGUUCAUCCUUCUGGUUCAUCGUCACGCACCUUCAAUCCCUCAGAUGGUCUUCCUCCAGGAAUGCCACCUAACUUUCAUCUCCCUUUUCAAGGGCCAUCCCAUGCCAGGGGACCUUUUGAUACCAUUGACCAUAGGCCAAAUGUUGCACCUUUCUCAACUUUUCCUGACCAACGCUCAAACAUUCCUCCCUUUUCUGCUUUUCCUGAUGCUCUCAUGCAUGGCAACGCUUCAGUUCCUCCAGAACCUCUCACCUUCAGGCUAUUAUGUUCAAGUGACAAGGUUGGAAGUAUUAUAGGGAAGGGUGGAAACAGUAUCAAGACUAUUCAGAAAGAUACAGGUUGUGAAAUAAAAAUUCUCGAGACUAUUCCAAAGUCAGAUGAUCACAUCAUAAUUAUCUCUGGACCUGCGCAUCCAGGUGAUGGCAUUUCCCCAGCACAGAAUGCAAUUCUGCAUGUGCAGCGUAAAAUUACGCCACCCACCUCUAACAAGGAGGGUCCUGCAAUAUCUAGGCUGAUCGUUUCACCUAACCAAGUUGGCUGCCUCCUUGGCAAAGGUGGCAGUAUCAUAGCUGAAAUGAGGAAGCUGUCAAAAGCUCAUAUAAUAGUGUUGAGCAAAGACAAGAUCCCACGGGGUGUACAAGAAAUUGAUGAAGUUGUUCAGAUAACCGGGGAUUCUGAGGCUAUUCAGGAAGCUCUGAUGCAGAUAACUGCUAGGCUACGUAACAAUCUUUUCCGGGACAGAAUGGCUUCAAUGGGUCCCAGUAUGCAGCCACCUUUUGGUUUGCUGGAUCCUCAGUUUGGUGCAUUUCCGGGAAGCCAUGAAUCUACAUCUCCUAGGAUUUAUCCUAAUGCAUCUCAGUUUCAUAAAGAUUUCAUGGGACGACCAUUGGAUGAGAUGUCUGCUCCUUGGACCACAAAGGGCAUGCAGGAUGUUGGUGAUCCGAUGUCAAUAUCUGGCAUUCCUGGAAUGGCGCACAGAGGAAUGGGUGGAUUUUCUGGUCCUGUUCAUUCAUCUAGGCCAAUCAUAACUGGAAAUAUCAUGGUUCCAAGAUUAGUUAUACCUGCUCUAUGUGGGCAUGAUGGAGGUUGUUUGAAUAUGAUUCGCGAGUUUUCAGGGGCUAAGAUAACAAUCGAUGAACCGCUAGCUGAUUCCAUGGAUACGCCUGUUAUGAUAUCUGGCACACCGGAUCAGAUGCAUGCAGCCCGAAGUCUUGUUCAAGCAUUUGUUCUAAGUGAACCACCUGCCCCAUGAGAUUUCAUAUCUCUGAAGGUCAGCAGUUUUGGUGAGUUGUCAACUGGGGUAGUUCCUUAUAGGCAGACAGUUGGUUAUAUCUCUGCUUGGUUAUCCUUUGCUGCUAUGUUAGCAUUGGGGGCUGCAUCCUAGAAGGUAUGAAUAUUGUAGUUCUGUCUGAUUGAUUGACUUGUUUUCUCUAGAUGUAUUUUUUAUCAACGAGGCUCCCAACCUUUUUUUUGGAUUUUUGUAUUAAUUGGAGUUUCAAAUACUCAGCCUAUUGCUUGUUGAUGUUCCACUAACCUGCUUUACCAUUGGAAAUAAAUAGCCUUUAGUGAAUAAGAAUACCUAGUAAAUACUGUUGGAUGGUACACCAUUGGCUUAAUGUAUUAUCAUUCUGAAUGCCUUGGUUUGGAUGGAUGGAUUGGCUACAGUUAUGACUGUCGGCUCUUAGUUUAGUUUGAUAUUGGUAAAGAUGGAGAAUUAGGAGGAUUUUAAUAGUGAUUCACUAAAGUAGUCUGAUUUUCUUGUGGUGCUCCAUGCACGACCUGGGUGUUCGUCUAGUACUUGUGUGUCCUGCUUAGCGACCACUAGUUCCUGCAUCCCCAGUCUAGGAAAACAAGGUCGAAUCUGAAUCUUGUUGGUUUGCGCUUUUAACCCCCAAAACCGGGUGGUGUAUGGUUUACGAUAUUGGUCCGAACUCUUUUAACAUCUUAGGUUGUGGAAUCUACCAACAACCCCUACAAUGCACUAAUUUUGCAAGAAGAAUUCAGCUGCCUUGGGUUAUGAACCUGGGAAUAUUCAUUGCUGCUACCGGAUUUGCAGUCAAUUAAUAUAUGUGCUGAGAUGUUUAUGAGGGCAUAGCCACAUUUCUUUUUUACAUAUGUUCGGCUUUUCAAAAUAAAUGAAAUAUAAUCUGUAUGCUUAAAUUGUAAUGAGUUUUAGGACAUUUUGAUAUGCUUAUGCCAUAUAUGUUUUCAUGCGGAUGGUUCUGAAGACAGAACAUGCAACACCUCAAAAUAUUUGUGCUUGCAACCUUGUAACAAUAAGCUGUACCUAGAAGCGGUUAUCUUACAUUUGAAUAUGUAAUGCCUCGUAAAAAAGAAGAAGAAACUAUAAAAAAAUGACGCAUUUUUCCAUGUCAAGCGCUCCUGAAUUCCCGGUGAUCCACUUUCCAUCCAGCUGGUAAAAUGACAAGCGCGUUUCAACCAGGAACAAUCAAGUGGCGCGAAGACAUACAUUGAACGUAAGUGACUGCCCUUGGACUACUUGGACAGCUAACAACCAGGGUGAGUCGAGUGUGGCCCACAAACAACAAGCUCUAUUAACGUUGCACAUCGUCUUUAAAAAAAAUGUUGCAAAUCGUUCUAUUCCUGUUAUUCUUUUUAGAAGGUAUUCCUGUAUUCUUAUACUACCACCGAUUCUAAAUAUAGGACUUUUUAGAUCCAAUAUGAGCUACUCCCUAUAAAGUUAGUACAAAGUUGGGUCAUCUAUUUUGGAACGGAGGGGGUACAUACGGAGCAAAAUGAGUGAAUCUACACUUUACAAUACAUCUAUAUAUAUUUGUAUGUACCAAAUGUAGUGUCAAAAACGCUUUUAUACUAUGGGACAGAGGGAGUAGUUUGCAUUGAAAUCUUCAAAAGGGCUUAUAUUUAGAAACGUAGUGAAGAAAUGGACGUUUGGACGAAAAAAGAAGUUAUGAAGUACGCUGCACAGAAGCGCUGUCAGAACGUCCGUACGGCUAUGAAUUCCUGGUUUAUGAGCCGUUCAUUUACUGGAUCGGACGGCUGCUACUCAUUCGUUUGUGUACUUGUCCUAGAGGGUUAAGCACAUCACUCCACAAGAUACGAGCAAUGUAGGCAGACGCAGCAUGAAGCCUCGCUUCCAGUGCAUACAUGAGCACAAGCACAUUCAGACAGGCGAUGGGCAUAGAAAAUUAGUACGAUAUUCUAGCACCAGGAUGCUUCUAUUUUGUAGCCCAUAUUGUAUGAAGCUUUUAUUUUGUGGCUCAUAUGUAAUUUUUCAUC